UUUAAUGACCACACCCACUAAUCAAUUCAGCAUUUCUCAAUGUUUGCUUCAGCUCUUGGGAUACUUUGUGCUCUCUUUUUCCUACAAUUAAAAGGUGCAGAUGGAAUUUCAGCAAGAGAUGAUGUAAUAGACAAGUUACUUGAUAAAAUUGCAAAGUCGCAGAUUAAGGAAACCGUACCUUUUGUUUUCCCGGUCACACUGUACAAGCAGAAAGGUGUUUAUCCAUCUUACGUCCAUUUCGACUACUCUGGAACAGCAGGGGAUACAGUUUUACGCAGGGAGUUUAAAAUAUUUGACAACAACGCAUUUGUUACAUUAUGGGUCAGUUCAAUAUUACUAGAGACAGUGAGAUUCAAUAAAGCUGCUCAACCAUCAGAUGAACAACUGCUCAGUGCUAUACAAGCAGUUUCUACGUAUCAUGACAAAAACUUUCUUAAUCAGAAUGAUACCAGGCUUGUAUUUUGGCCACAGACGUACAACGAAACAGCAAGGAUAUGGUCUUCGUCUCCUGUCAAUUUAGACAAAGCGGUCGAAUUGGGGGAUGAUUUCUUGAUUUUGGCUGGUAAUGUUUUGAAAGACUUGGAUCUAAAGAAGUAUUAUCAGGACAUUAUGAACCAAAUUGAGACAAUAGAUUCAUAUGCUAAUGCAUUUCAUAUACCUGCUGAUUUUGAUGAUACGUUUGUCAAUAUUGGUUUUGGUUCUCUUCUAAAGAGCUAUCGAUCUAUAUCUCAGCAAUCUUACCUCUCAUGGUUGAGUAACAACAGUAACAGUGUUCAGUCUGCAGUAAAAGCAUUGAAGGAGUAUUCUUAUAAACCAUUCAAUAGCAGCUCUGGAAACAGUUAUAUUGACCCAAGGACUUACUUUUAUGCACGAAAAUUUAUUCAGCAAUUUUAUGGAAUGGAACAACUUUCUUUAGUGACCACUUGGGUUGAAAGUCUUAAUGAGUCUCGGGCUAACUAUUACAAGAAAUAUGCUAUGCCUUUUGGUAUUAACAAUGUUGAUCUGACUGUAUCUGUUAAUGUAUUGUAUGGACUAACUGCAGCAAUACUGUCUGAUAUGCAAGAUCCUAAUAGCUGGUUUGACGAGGAGGUUCAGAUGAUUUAUCUCAACACAACUUCUCUUGUAAUGUAUGAAAUAUCAAACAACUUCUCAUCAAGGCCUGACUUAGCACUGACCUACUAUCCAUCAGUCUUUAACUUCUACUGGUUUACAUCUCGUAUACUGAACCUGCUAAACUCGUAUGACCAAUUACCAUAUCCUGUUAUGCAGACUGUAAGAGAGAGAAUGCGUUUUACAAUGUAUGGAGUGGGUACUGAAUUUAUUUUAAAACAAGCAACUAGGCAAGACCAGUAUAUUUACUUUGAUGACUUUUUAGGUGUAAAUGACACUAAUGAAUUUGGUAAGCCAGUUAAUCAUGGAGAUGAUCGCAUUAGCUCAACAUCAAUGGCCAUUAAUGCAUUGUUUUAUAUUUGGAGUAAUGCCAGCAGUGGACAGCUUAGUCCUAAUGUUCCUGAUAAUGUACAGGAUACAUUAGUAAGAGCUUGUAACUGGCUGACUGAUGAAGCACUUAGUGACAAGCUAGAGCACAUGAAUGCAGUUUUUUCUGGGUCUGUAAAAGUUAUUCUUGAAGAUAUUCCAUUGUUCUUUCCAUUAAACUAUGUUCAGAGAGUGAAUGGCUCAGCGGUGACAGGCAAUAUUACUGACUUUAUCAUGGAUAUUAUAAGUGCCGUGACUGGUCUUAUCCCUGAGGAUAAGUAUCAAGAGCUUCUCAAUGAACCUCAUUUUGGUUUCAAGAUGUCUUAUGAUUUUCAGGGCUACAAUUCCAAACUAGGACAGUUUUUUCCUUUUUGGUCUUCUGAUACUUUUACACAUGCUGCAUCUGCUUUAGCACUAUCUCAGUGCAAAAUUAACAAUAUUUAGUUUGAUAUGUUAUUUUAAAAAGUGUGAUUCCUUCAAAUUUUAAGUUAUGAAUUUAAUUUGACAUCA